UUCUUUCCCGUCACUCUCUCAAAUACGCCUUAAAACCAAGAGUAAACAGCAGGAUUGUGGCAUAGGAUUCAUGUUACCAGAGUCGCCAUCGAACGGAUCUAGAGACUGUCAAGUUGGCGGAAUUUUAGAGGGACGGUCACUGUCAGGGUUCACCGGGAAGCUCGCUGGAACACAAUAUACGGGUUCUGUGGUACUGACCCAGGCGCACGUCAGCGCGAGCUGUGCUGCUAACCGCUAGCUAGCUGGCUAUGAUUGACUGUUACUAGAUCAUCCAGUCGCGUUAGUUGCCGGUUCUGAAGUACGCUGCACUAAUAGCCUAGCCUAACUAUAUAAAAUCAGUCUGUACGAAGGGUUUAAUGUAGCGAACUAUUUCUGAAUUCGCAUGUUAGUAGUAGGGGGCAGCCACUGAGCGAAGUGUAGUUGAGCUACAACGCUAACUAGCUUCAGUGCAGUUAGCUAACCCUGCGAUGUACUACUGGACAAGACUUAAUUCAGCACCAGGAAGUCCGAGUCCGUCUAAACGUCUGCUGAAAAUAACGAUUUUAGAUAACGGUGUAACAUGCUCCUCCUUAAUUUGUUCUUCGUAACAGCAACGAACUUGGCGAGUCUAAUUGUUUUUGAUGGCUAGCCAUCUUGGCUACCUUGUAACCAUGUCAUAAGAAAUGCAUAGCUAGAAAGCAGCUGCCAAGCAAGAAGCAACCUACAACGUCGCCAUAACUAAGAUUUGGCACUGGGUGUAAUUAAUGAACCGUACUGGUUAAUGUAAAAUUAAGUAUCUCAGCAAGUGGCUCGCUAACAAAUGCAUUUUGAUGCAUUGAAGUCACCUAGCUAGCUAUCUUCGUUUAUAUCUUUCGCUAUAAACCUGGUGAUCUGUAGCGAAUGAUCUGCGCACGUUGCUCCCCGCAUGAUAUAACAUACACCAACAGUUCUCUUUAUAAACCAUUGGCUCCGGAAUAAAAAAUGUCAGACAACCAGGGCAACUUGAAUAACAACGUACCAUUGAAUAACAAUGGCGGGGCGAACCGAAUACGCAAUCCAAAUCUUAACCAGAAUCCACUCAUCAAUGUGCGGGAUCGACUUUUUCACGCCCUCUUUUUUAAGAUGGCAGUUACCUAUGCCAGACUGUUUCCGCCGUCCUUUCGAAGGAUUUUCGAGUUCUUCGUACUUUUGAAGGCCCUGUUUGUGCUCUUCAUUCUGGCCUACAUCCACAUCGCCUUCUCUCGCUCGCCUAUCAACUGCCUGGAGCACGUCCGGGAGAAAUGGCCACGCGACGGCAUCCUGCGCGUGGAGAUCCAACGCAACUCCAGCCGUGCACCCAUCUUCCUGCAGUUCUACGAGGCUGAGGGCUUCCAGGGGCUUGUCAGGGAGCCGGACACUGGCCCAGCCCCCGCCCGUCAAGAUGAGGAGGAGGAAGAGGAGAUGACCAUGGACAUGUUCGACAACAGCUCCGUGCGGUUCGAGCUGGACAUCGAGCCGCGACUGAAGCCGUCGCUGGGUGCUGGUGUCCCAGCUCCAGGAAACAAUGACUCGCAGGACCUAUCCUUCAGCCAGGCGCCCUCUAAAGGUACGCAGCUGCUGAAGGAGACUGUCUCCGAGAUUGAGAUGCUAACCCAAGCAGUGUGGCCUCAGGAGGAGUACAUAGUGGAGUAUUCUCUGGAGUACGGCUUCCUCCGCCUAUCCCAAACCACACGGCAGCGCCUCAACAUUCCUGUCAUGGUGGUCACCCUGGACCCAAUGAAGGACCAGUGCUUUGGAGACGGCUUCAGCCGCUUCCUGCUGGAUGAGUUCCUUGGCUAUGAUGACAUCCUGAUGUCCAGUGUUAAAGCUUUAGCAGAAAAUGAGGAAAAUAAAGGGUUCCUGAGGAACGUGGUUUCAGGAGAACACUACCGUUUUGUUAGUAUGUGGAUGGCACGUACCUCAUAUCUGGCUGCUUUUGUAAUCAUGGUGAUAUUUACCCUGUCUGUGUCUAUGCUGCUCCGGUACUCCCACCACCAGAUCUUUGUCUUCAUAGUGGACCUUCUGCAGAUGCUUGAGAUGAACAUGACCAUCGCCUUCCCUGCGGCCCCUCUCCUCACUGUGAUCCUGGCCCUCGUGGGAAUGGAAGCCAUCAUGUCUGAGUUUUUCAAUGACACAACCACAGCGUUCUACAUCAUCCUCAUUGUGUGGCUAGCAGACCAGUAUGAUGCUAUCUGCUGCCACACGAACACGAGCAAACGCCAUUGGCUGAGGUUCUUCUAUCUGUACCAUUUUGCGUUUUACGCCUACCACUAUCGCUUUAAUGGACAGUACAGCAGCCUGGCCCUCGUCACAUCCUGGCUCUUCAUUCAGCACUCCAUGAUCUACUUCUUUCAUCACUACGAGCUGCCAGCCAUCCUGCAGCAGAUCCGCAUCCAGGAGAUGCUGCUCCAGAACCAGCAGGCGGGCCAGGACAACCUGAACAACAACACGAGUGUGGUAGGCCCCGCCCCCAACGGCCAGGAUCGGCCACCCGCUCCGAAUCCGCCCCAGGUUGAGGCGGCCAAUGGCAUCCCCACCCCCCGGCCGCCCGUAGCUGCGGGAAUGCCCGCGGAGCAGGACUGGAUGGCAGAAACGGCAGCCAUCCUUACGGAGGCCAUCAUCACAGAGGCCUUGUCAGCCACGCACCUGGACGGUGAGACACCAGGGCCGCCCUUGGAGGUGCAAGCCCCAAACCCGGCCGGAGAUGAACGCGAGGGGCGCGGUGCCACGGCCCUGCUGGAGGUGAAAGCACAGGGCUGCUCUCAGGGCCUGGGCCCCCCCGGGGGAGAUGGAGGAGAGGGUGAUGAGCCAGGGACAAGCACACUCCUCACGGACUGCAGAGGAGCAGAGGCAGGCGGUGCGUGUGUGCGGCAGGGGGCCACAGACUGGGACACCCUCAGGGCGGGUGAAAGUGCCCCAGACUCCGCCCCUUCCUGAACCAAGAGUUAAUUUGCCCCUCCCCCGACCUACAAUUUCACCUCCUGUUCCUCCUCAGCUAGCAGCAACAGAGCUUAUUCAUCCUAAAUGCAUUCGGCAGCCCUUGAGGAGGAAGAGGAGCAAUCUUGGCCAAGGCGUGCAAUGUUACCCCAUCCCCCAAAUGUCUGGCCAAUAACUGAGGCUUGAUCAGAAGCAAACUUUGCUUUUCUUAGGAACUUGAGAUGAAAGUAGAUGCUUCUCAAAUUAUAGUGAAAAGACCCCACAUGUGAAGGUGUGACCAUAUGGAGGGCAAUUUUUUUUUUUUUUUUUUUUUUUUUUUUUUUUUGUGUGUUUUCUUUUUUAAUGAUUAAUUGAUGAUUUGGUUUCUUGAAACACUGGGUGUGUUUGUAUAUGCUGAUGUGUUCUACAAUAUUACUUGUGAGUCUUUCAGAGCUCAGCAGUACAAAGGAAUAUCAGUCUUGACAUAACCAGUUAUUUCAAGCCAAACCCUCAAUGGCAUAUGUUUUUGAGGUGACAUGCCGUAAUUAGGCUCACCCAAUAUAAUGCAGAGCCCAAACAGAAGGCGUUUAUUCUCCCUGAAGAAACACCUCUGAUUCUGCUUCUUGGAAACAUUUAGCCAUGUUGCAUUUUAUGUACAUUUAAAGCUUACAUGCAGGUGUUGAGUAAUCUUGGUCUGUAGAGUUUUCUUUUUCCACUGUGCAGAAAAAUUACCUGUUUGGAUGGCCUGACUGUUCAUUUAAAAAAUGAUGCCGUUGUUGCUUCAGUUUUACAACCUUCUGAAAUGGUUCUACUCCUGGACAGUCCAACCACCUAACUCUGACCUGCAAGACGAGAAACUCUUGGAGGACGUUUUAGUUUCCUUGGUACUUCCUCUCUAUUGAGGGACAGUUUUGUGAAGGCUAGUGGGUAGUUUUCGGCCUUCAUUUGUAGGUCGAAUUUUUACUUGAGGGCAUUUUGAAAUGGUUGCCUUAAGCUACUCUAAACUGGAAGGUGGUGAUGGUAUCUUGUAUCGAUAGCCUUAUCAGACGGAACUUUGUCCUUGUACUGCUAACUAAUAUUUCUUGCUCUUUGCUUAGUUCACAGGAAAUAAUAGCAUCAUAAAUGCAAACCUAAAAUAGACAUCUUUUUCCCUACAAUUUACAUUAUGGAGAAUAUUCUUUAUUAAUCUACCAAAUAGUAAUUGUUAUGGUAUGUGGGAGUAUACUGUAUAUUUAAGGUUUUUUAAAAAGCAGUGAAACCUUCUCAGGUACUCCCAUGGCAACUAUAGCACAUACCCAGACCAAGCAAUUCAUGUCUUACAAUAGAGCAAGUUGUCACAGAGGAGUCGUCAUGUGUCCGUCAUUCAAAAUUUAUGCAGUCUCAUUGUCAAUACCAGUUAGAAAUUGACAUUACCAGAUGUCACAGAAAGGUAGUCUGAUGUGCAUUUACCAAUAGAUCGUAAUUGGUGAGCAUGGAGAGCCAUGCAUGUCUUACAGCUCACCUUCAGCUAAAACCAAGCAAGCUGAAAUGGCCCCUGUCCUUACAGCUUUAGUUCAUUAGUGCAGUCAUCUUGAGUUUACAACUCUCAUGCCAUGACAUCAAAAUGAGACCACAGCAUAAAUUAGUCAAACUCCACUCUUAGGCUGUGAUAAAACUGGAAGAAAGUGCAUAAUUUAAUUUCUUGUCAGGGUUUCAUUUAAAGGCUAUGCAACACAAAGACUAGGUAAGCGCCAGCGACUCUGAGAGGAUGAUCUCGUUCAGAAAGUGCAAUAUCUUAAGUUUGGGACUUUUCGGUGUGAACGCCCCCUAUUGGGCUUUUAUGAUCACUUCUCGUUAUUUUAUUCUGUGCCUAUUUGAUGUUCUGUGUCAGACUGCAGGGUGAUGAGAUGCUGUCCAUUCUGUUAGGUGAAGAAAAUGCACAGUUCUAUACUGAAACAGAUUUCCUCUUUCAUUCAGAUGUAUUUAACAGUAAAAACAAAAUUCUCAAACAAGCAGAUGUAUUUUCCACUCUGAAUGGUUACUUGUCUUUUUGUUUUGUUUUUUGCACCAGGUAUGAAUGCCUUUUCAAAUUAGAGCAGUACAAUAAUACUAUACAUGGUGUAUAAAGCAAGAGAAGAUAUUUUAGAAGUUAUAAAACAGCUGAACUGGUCUAUGGUGCAACACUGUCCAAUUUAAUUUGGCUUCAACAGUCACUGGGAAAUGGAGAGCACUAAUUCAAUACAAGCCAUCAAUUAAUGUUUCUUUCAAACUGUA